UGAGAAGAAGAGAUUGCAUUGCAGCAGAGCUAAAAGUGAGUAAGAAAAGAGUGAGCCACUGACUAAAUUCAGCCACCAAUUCAAUAUUCUCAAAAAUACACAGCAGAAAUCCUCACAAAAAUCCCACCAAAAAAAAAAAAGAAAUACUAAUCACAAUUAAGAUAAUUCUUUUGCAUAAAGAAAAUGGAGAGACAACAAACCCUAGCUUCAUCAUCAUCUUCUUCGUCUUCAUCUCCUCCUGCGGAAGAUGCUUGGGUUGAUUCCUACUUAAAAUUGCUGCCUCAAUGGCAAUCUCUCACUUCCUCCAAUCAGCAGCCAGUUAUCCCAAUUGCAAUAUCUAGAGUUAAUCAAGUAGAUGCUGGUAGGCUCGACAUUGAAAUGUCUGCUAUGUUGAAGGAACAAAUGGUGAAGGUCUUUUCGCUCAUGAAGCCAGGAAUGUUAUUUCAAUAUGAGCCAGAACUCGAUGCUUUUCUCCAGUUUCUAAUUUGGCGAUUCUCUAUAUGGGUUGAUAAGCCUACUCCAGGAAAUGGUCUCAUGAACCUGAGGUAUAGAGAUGAACGUGCAAUUGAAGCAAGAGGAAAAGUCAGAACUGGUCUGGAGGGACCUGGACUUACGGUUUCUCAAAAACUUUGGUACUGUGUUGCCACGGUUGGUGGUCAGUACCUUUGGGCUCGUCUGCAGUCAUUUUCUGCUUUUCGUAGGUGGGGGGAUUCUGAUCAGAGAUCACUAGCUCGUCGAGGAUGGUUUCUACUACAACGUGUAGAAGGAUUAUAUAGAGCAGCAUCUUUUGUCAACGUACUUGUAUUUCUUUACUCAGGAAGGUAUAGGAGUCUCAUUGAACGACUUUUGCGAGCAAGACUUGUUUACGGCAGUCCUAAUAUGAACAGAGCUGUGAGCUUUGAGUAUAUGAAUCGCCAGUUGGUGUGGAACGAAUUCUCGGAAAUGUUGUUAUUGCUUCUUCCACUUCUUAACUCAUCAUCGAUGAAAAGUUUUCUUCGUCCAUUUUCAAAGGAUAAAUCCUCUAGUUCUGCUGGGGAUGAAAAUUUAUGCCCCAUCUGCCAGGCGAAUCCAAGCAUUCCUUUUCUUGCCCUUCCUUGUCAGCAUAGGUACUGUUAUUACUGUCUACGAACGCGUUGCUCUGCAGCUCCAUCAUUUCGGUGCUCUAGAUGCAAUGAACCAGUUGUUGCCAUGCAACGGCAUGGUGUUCCCGUUGACAAUCUUGCUCAGAAACAGUAAUUAUUUUCCGUCAAAGAUAAAGUACAAAGAAAUGCAGGCACAACAGAGAUGUAUGCAAGAGUGCCUAAAGUUGGCGUUGAUUAUUUGAUAUUUGAUUCAAGGAAUUAAGAUUCCUUGCAUAAAGCUUUUGUGCCACUGCAUUUUACGUUCCAUUCUUUGCUAAUUUAGAUUUUCUGUUCAAAAUAUAUGUCGCUGUUAGUUUCUGCUCGGUCGUUUAUUGUAUGUUCUCUAAAUUUUCUUAUCUUGUCCUGUUUUAUGAAGUCGACCUUUUUU